AUGGGGCAUAUUGAGAUGAUGAAAAGCGGUUUCUUUGUGAUUCCAUUUAAAUUACCAAAAUACGAUGUUCUCAAAAGCGACAAACCUCCAAUGCAUUAUAUGUUUGUCAAAAAACAUCAGAAUAAAAUCCAACAGGAAGCCAAUUGUUUGUUCAUAGUGAAUUUGCCUCUUUUGAGUAAUUUGAAUUCUAUUAAAUCCAGUUUUAAUAAUAUAUGUGAGAAAUUCAACACUGUUGCCCAUAUUACGGAGCUACUUUAUCAUGAUGAGUUUGGUUUACAAGACGUUGAUCUAUCGGUGCUCACGUCUGAUUUGCUGGAUACCAAUGAUUUAAAAGAUAAGCGUUAUACUCCAAAUAAUACUGUACUAUUAAAGUUUCUUGACGAAGCUUCUCUAGAUAACUGCUGGAAUGCGCUUAGGAAGUACUCGCAUAUGCCUAAGGAGUUAGUACAAUGGGAAUACAGCAUUCCAUCAGUCUCCUCAUUUACCAACUUUUAUAAGCAUAUCGAGAUAAAUUGGCUAAAGGAGAAUAUCCAUAAGCAUAUGAAACUAUUCGAGGAAAGGGAGCAACAAGCUCAAGAACAGGUACAGUCUACCAUUGUCGACGAUGAUGGGUUUACUCUUGUUGUCGGUAAAAAUACAAAGUCAUUGAAUUCUAUUAGAAGAAAAAUACUGAAUCGAAACCCGCUGCUAAAACAUAGCCAAAAGGUUAUAGCUCCAAGUAUAGUAGAUAAAAAGGCCAAGAAGGAUUUCUAUAGGUUCCAAGUUCGUGAAAGGAAGAAACAAGAAAUUAAUGAAUUAUUGAAAAAGUUUAAGGAAGAUCAGGAAAGAAUCAAGAUAAUGAAGUCCCAAAGAAAAUUCAAUCCUUACGCUUAA